AUGCGUGUAUCUGAGAACACACCUGAAGAUAUUAACCACGUGAUUGAAGUUACCUGGCAUGCGAUCGAUGCCGUCUAUGACUGGAAAAUUCUUGGCAAUGAAUGCAAUAGACUUUUUUACUGGUUUGUAGAGCUUCUCGAGCAGCAGCAAGAUGAGUCCACUACUGUUGAGGUGCUCGAUAAUGGCAAGACUUUUGCGUGGGCCAGAGAGGCCGAUGUUGCCAUGUCCAUUGAUGCCUUCCAUCACUAUGCAGGCUAA